AUGAUACUUUCUUAUUUCAUUCUUUCUUUCUUUCUUUCUUUCUUUCUUUCUUUCUUCUCCCUCUUCUAUCUUUCUCCUCACGAGUUAUUCAUUGUCUACUUUCUUUCUUUCUUUCUUUCUUUCUUCUCGCGAAUUACUCAUUGUCCUUUUUGUUUGUUUCUUUGUUUCAUUUUUUGUCUCCUCAUAUGUGACUCAUUAUUUAAUUUAUUUAUUUUUAUUUUUAUUUCUUCUCACGCGUUAUUCUUUUUCAUUCGUUCUUUCUUUCGUUUUUUCUUUUUUUCCUUCUUUCUUUGUCACCUCCUGAGUUACUCAUUUUACUUUGUUUGUGUGUUUUCUUUCUUUCUUUCUUUCUUUCUUUCUUUCUUUCUUUCUUUCUUAUUCUCCUCACGUGUUACUCAUUGUCUCUAUUUCUUUCUAUCUAUCUUUCUUUCUUUUCACGAGUUACUCCUUUUCAUUCGUUCUUUCUUUCGUUUUUUCUUUCUUUCCUUCUUUCUUUGUCGCCUGACGAGUUACUCAUUGUCUACUUUCUUUGUUUUCUUUCUUCACGCGAGUUACCCAGUGUCUUCUUUGCUUGCUUGUUUCUUUCUUUCUUUCUUUCUUUCUUUCUUUCUUUCUUUCUUUCUUUCUUUCUUUAUUUCUUCUCGCGAUUUACUCAUUGUCCUCUUUGUUUCUUUGUUUCUUCCUUUUUUUCCUCACAUGUUACUCAUUGUUUUCUUUCUUUCUUUCUUUCGUUCUUUCUUUGUUCUCAUGAGUUACUCUUUUUAUUUGUUUUUUAUUUCGUUUAUUCUUUAUUUAUUUAGUCUUUCACACGAGUUAUUCUUUGUUUUUUUUUCUAUUUCAUCCUUCUCUUUCUUUCUUCCCGUUAGUUAUUCAUCGUCAUCUAUUUUUGUGAUUUUCUUCAUUCUUUCUUUCUUACUUUGUUUCCCCAUUAUCUUCUUUAUUUGUUUCUCUCUAUCUUUCUUUCUUCUCACGACUUACUCUUUUUCAUUUGUUCUUUUCUUUCGAGUUACUCAUUGUCUACUUUCAUUCUUUGUUUCUUUCUUUCUUCUCGCGAAUUACGCAGUGUCUUCUUUGCUUGUUUCUUUCUUUCCUUCUCUUCUCACGUGUUACUCAUUGCCUUUUUUCUUUAUUCAUUUAUUUAUUUAUUCACGCGAAUUACUCAUUGCCUUUUUGCUUGUUUCUUUCUUUUUCUUUCUUUCUUUCUUUUUUGUCUCCUCACGUGUUACUCAUUGUCUUCUUUCUUUAUUUCUUUUUAUAUUUCUUCUCACAAGUUACUCUUUUUUCAUUUAUUCUUUCUUUGCCUUUUUCUUUCACUCCUUCUUUCUUCGUCUCCUCACAAGUACUCAUUGUCUACUUUCUUUUUUUCUUUCUUCUCAUGAAUUAGCCAGUGUAUUCUUUCUUUCUUUCUUUCUUUCUUUCUUUCUUUCUUUAUCUCCUCACGCAUUCCACAUUGUCUUCUUUCUUUCUUUCUUUCUUUCUUUCUUCUCGCGAAUUACUCAUUGCCCGCUUUAUUUGCUUGUUUGUUUGCUUCUUUCUUUCUUUCAUUCUCCGCAUGUGUUGCUCAUUGUCUUCUUACUUUACUUCUUUCUAUCUUUCUUUUUUCGCACGAGUUACUCUUUUUCAUUUGUUCUUUCUUUCGUUUUUUUCUUUAUUCAUUUUGUUUUUCUUACUUACAAAUUAUUCUUUAUGUAUUCUGUUUCUUUCUUUCUUUUUUCUUUCUUUUUCUCUUCCCGAGUUACUCAUUGUCUUCUUUGUUCCUUUCUUUUUCCUUUUAUCUGA